GAGACAGAGGAAAGGGCCUUUCUAUCCCUUUUGCUACAGUGCUGUUUUACAACAUCAACAUUAUCAGUGUAAUGUUUACACAAAAAUCACCCAUGUUGAUUCCCUUAUUAACAUCAACCAUAAUUUAACCCACAAAUUUAGCAGAAGGAUAUACUUCAGAUAUUAAUCAUAAAAAAUGUCGCAAAAGCUUUUCCUCUUCAUAGUGUCUCUCAUACAAGACCUUAAGCCCCCUUUGUGGGCGUGUUCGACUUUAGAUCUGUGAAUGACCUCAUAGUACCGCGAGAAUCUUUCGUGAAGUGUGUACGGCGUAUACUGCUGCUUCGGGAACUACAGUUGAACUAAUUACAAUAAGAAAAUACACUUCAAGCAAUUCAUUAACAACCGCGAAACUAAAUUGCAAUGCAGCACCUCAAACAAUGCCACGGUCUUGCUCAGAUCUUCCUUAUCAGGAGUAAAAGUUACAACCUUUUGAAGAGCAAUGUCCCAUCAGUGUCUGUGUGGAACGGGUGUCCCUCUCACCGCUGGAAAAGCUCUGGAGGUCACAGAUGGCAAAAAUAUAACAAUGAUGGGGUGUCAAAGCUCACAUUUGCUUUGGCAGGGCUGAUGGCAGGUACUGGAGCUGUUCUCGCCUAUAACCUCCACCGUGGCAAGCUGGAGCAGGCAGCUACCUCUGGACAGUUACUGGAAACUGAGACCUCUUCUCUCCCAAUAUACACUAUAGAAGAAGUAGCAAAGCAUUGUUCCCUUGACAGUGGCGUGUGGGUCACCUAUAAAGGCGAAGUCUUCGAUAUCACAGAAUUUGUGGCCCUGCACCCUGGUGGGGACAAAAUACUUCUGGCUGCAGGUGGAGGUUUGGAACCCUACUGGGCAUUGUAUGCUGUUCAUCAACAAGACCACGUCCUCCAAAUCUUGACUGAACAUAAGAUUGGUGUGCUUAAUGAAGAGAGUUACAAGAAGCAAGAGAGCGCGCAUCCUUCAGACCCUUACUUUGCCGAGCCAACACGUCACCCUGCUCUACAGAUCAACAGCCUGAAACCUUUCAAUGCUGAACCACCUGUUUCUAUACUUACAGACAGUUACAUCACUCCCUCAGCAGUAUUCUUCAAGCGUAAUCAUCUUCCAGUGCCCACGGUUGUUUCUGAAACAUACAAGUUGGAAAUAGAGGGUCUUCCUGGUGGAGCAGUUUCCCUUACUCUGAGUGAGCUUAAGUCUCGUUUUCCUAAACACACAGUUACAGCAACACUUCAGUGUGCUGGAAACCGUCGCUCUGACAUGAACAAAGUCAAGCAAGUCAAAGGGCUCAAUUGGGGCAUCGCAGCAAUAGGCAAUGCUACAUGGUCAGGUGCACGUCUGAGGGAUGUACUGCUAUACUACGGCUUUGGACCGGAUGUUGCAGCAAAGGCACGACAUGUUCAGUUUGAAGGGUUAGACAGAGACGUGACAGGUACAUCAUAUGGUGCGUCUAUUCAAUUGAACAAGGCAGUGAGUGAAGAAGGUGAUGUUCUUCUUGCAUAUGAAAUGAAUGGGGAGGAGCUCCCAGCCGACCAUGGCUACCCUGUCCGGGUGGUUGCCCCUGGAAUUGUUGGAGCACGCAAUGUCAAAUGGUUGGGAAAGAUUGUCGUGAGUGAUGAAGAAAGCAAGAGUCACUGGCAGCAAAAUGACUACAAAGGCUUUUCCCCAGGUACUGACUGGGACACAGUAGACUUCAAAUCAGCACCAGCCAUCCAGGAGCUCCCCAUACAGUCAGCGAUCACUCAUCCAGCCGAGGGAACGUUUGUAGACUCCUACGCUGGUGAGGUGACUGUAAAAGGCUAUGCAUGGAGCGGUGGAGGACGCGAGGUCAUCAGAGUAGAUGUCUCCGUAGAUGGUGGGAAUACAUGGCAUGUGGCCAAACUCAGGACCAGUGAUGAGCACAACCCAGCACUCCCUCCUUCACCUGGAAGAGCUUGGGCUUGGAAGCUUUGGGAGAUAGACAUCCCACUGCCAGAUAAAACCCAGGAGCUGCAGAUUGUUUGCAAAGCAGUUGACAGUAGUUACAACGUGCAGCCGGAUAGUAGUGCCCCAAUCUGGAACUUAAGAGGAGUUCUUAGUAAUGCAUGGCAUCGAGUUAAGGUUAAAGAGGACGUGACGGGAGGCCGGGCCGGUGGCGUGAUUGAUAGUUGGAAUCAGCUGUGCGCACAUUGGUUCAGCAUAUCUCACGGAGGAGAUUGGGAGCAUAAGAGGACGAGCGACGGGACUGCUGACGAGAGAGGACCAGGCCUGGAUUAUGGUUGUGGUUUGUUUUAUUCGCCGGCAGUCGUCCAUGAGGGGCUGCCGACUGUUUAUGUUCUGUGUUAUUCGCCGGCAGUCGUCCGUUAGGGGCUGCCGGCUGUCUUUUUACUUUGUUGUCAUUUUAUUUAAUGUUUAAAUGUUUGCCGGUUCCAGUCUCAUUCCUUCCAUUUAAUUGAACCUUAUUACAUAUACCAAUAACUUUAACCCUCAAAAACAUGAGGAGCAUCACCAUGCAAAUUUUUGUUCAAAAAGUGCGCAUUAUAAUUAAUCGGAAAGCAAUGUUAGUAGACAGAACUACAGUAAGUUACGUCUUUAAUGAAGUAUGUAUUGCAGAAAAUUUAUGGCAAAAUUUAGCAAGUCCAGCAUCUUUUAAGGACGAGUUUGCCAGAUUAAUUUACAGUCCGUACAGUUUAAAUGUGUGCUGAUGAUGAACAGAAGUAAUGUCAUCCAAUAUUUAGUUUAAUUCUUAUUAAAUCAUUCAACUGUG